AUGGCCGAAAAUCACCUCGUCGGAACUACUGACUUUCAUCUGAUAGAGGCCGCUGUCACCUGGCGUGCAUACCUCAUAUGUGGUUUUGCUAGUUUUGGAGGUAUCCUCUUUGGAUAUGAUUCUGGCUAUAUCUCAGGAGUCUUAGGCAUGGAUUAUGUCAAGAAGCAAUAUGGACAUCCCGUUCCAAUGACCGAGGACCCAUCUGGAUUCAUGAUUGGUACCUCAAGGAAGUCUCUUAUCACAUCGAUCCUCUCUGCUGGUACAUUCAUUGGAGCUCUAGCUGGUGGAGGUAUCUCUGAGAGCGUCGGCCGCCGGAUCACAAUCAUGAUCUCUUGCUUGAUUUUCGCCAUUGGGGUUGCUGUUCAAGUUGGAACCAACACAGUGUCUGCAUUUGUUGUUGGCCGUUUCAUUGCCGGCCUUGGCGUUGGAGGCGUCUCUGCCACUGUGAUUCUCUAUGUCUCUGAGAUCUCUCCUCGCAAGGUUCGAGGCCUGCUGAUUUCUGUUUACCAGUGGGCUAUUACCAUAGGUCUUUUAGUCGCAUCUGGCGUCGCCCAAGGCUGUAAAGAUCGGAAUGGAACGGCAUCAUAUCGCAUCCCCAUUGGACUUCAGUUUGUCUGGGCAGCUAUCCUCGCCGGUGGACUCUUUAUGCUCCCAGAAUCUCCGCGCUACUAUGUUCGGUGUGGUAGGAUUAACGAUGCUCUCCGUUCGCUGGAGAGAGUUCGUGGUCAGCCCAGCUCCAAUCCUGCCAUCCAGGCUGAGCUUGCGGAGAUUCAAGCCAACUUCGAGUACGAAAAGAAGAUUGCAAGCACCUCCUGGUCAGAUUGUUUCAAGGGUGGUAUGUCCCGCCGAGGCAACCUCCGUCGAGUCAUUGCUGGAUGCUGCUUGCAGAUGUUUCAGCAGUGGACAGGAAUCAACUUUAUUUUCUACUAUGGUACCACAUUCUUUCAGCAGGUCGGGAUCAAAAACGCCUUCUUGAUUUCUACAAUAACGAAUGUUGUCAAUGUGGUGGCCACUCCGGCAUCUUUCUACAUGAUUGAGAAAUUUGGACGCCGCUCUCUGCUGAUAUGGGGGGCUCUUGCAAUGUGCUUCAGUGAGUUUGUUGUCGCCAUUGUUGGUGUAGCCAAAGAGGGAAGCCAUACUGCUCUCAAUCACAGGAGCAUCUGUCUCAUCGUAUUCACCUGCUUUUACAUCGCUUCUUUUGCCAUGACAUGGGGCCCUGCCGCAUGGGUCGUCAUUGGCGAGAUCUAUCCUCUUCCCAUCCGGGCAAAGGGCGUCGCACUUGCUACGGCUUCCAACUGGCUUUGGAAUUGUAUUAUUGCCGUAAUCACACCAUUCAUUGUCGACAAGGACAAGGGUAACCUCGGGGUAAAAGUCUUUUUUGUUUGGGGCAGCGCACUCGUCCUAUGUUGCCUGUUUGCCUUCUUCGUCAUCCCGGAGACGAAAUCACUCACCCUGGAACAGGUGGACAAGAUGUUCGAAGAGACUACUCCCAUGAGAAGUGCCAAAUGGAAGCCUCACGACACAUUCGCGCAUCAAAUGGGCAUGACCAAUCAACCAGAGAUUAAUAUCCUUUCCGAUGAGCGAAAGCCCAGUCAUAUUACUACCCUGGAGGAGCACGAUAUCAUCUAA